CCCCCACGUGUGUCGCUGCUUUUUGCGGCAUCUGCAGAGCUGCGGCCGCUUUUCCCAGGGGCGUAGUUGUUAGAUCCGCCACGCGGAUCGGGACCGUUUGUAGGGUCUAAGCGCAAAGUAGGGAGCCUGGUGGCUUCCUGGGGCGGAGGUUCCCGAGGCAAUGGAGCACCUUUUGCUGGAUGUGGCGGCCGUGCCGCUGCGGCUAAUCGCUGGCAAGAACGAGAAAAGCCGCAGUGAGCUGGGCAGGUUCUUGGCAAAGCAGGUGUGGACAUCCCAAGAUCGCCAGUGUAUCCUAAGUACCCUAGCACAGCUACUUCUGGAUAAGGACUGUACUGUGUUGGUUGGCCGCCAGCUGCGCCCUCUCCUUUUGGAUUUGCUAGAAAGGAAUGCUGAAGCCAUUAAAGCUGGAGGUCAAAUCAACCAUGAUCUACAUGAACGCCUCUGUGUGUCAAUGAGCAAACUCAUUGGUCACCAUCCUGAUGUCCUUCCGUUUGCCCUGCGCUAUUUCAAGGACACUUCACCAGUCUUUCAAAGGCUGUUUCUCGAGAGUUCAGAUGCUAAUCCAGUCAGAUAUGGGCGUAGACGGAUGAAGCUACGUGACCUCAUGGAAGCCGCUUAUAAGUUUCUGCAGCAGGAGCAGUCUGUGUUCCGGGACCUCUGGGACUGGAGUGUGUGUGUCCCUCUCCUCAGGAGCCAUGACACCUUGGUUCGUUGGUACACAGCCAAUUGUCUAGCUUUAGUUACCUGUAUGAAUGAAGAACACAAGUUAUCAUUCCUUAAGAAGAUUUUUAGUAGUGAGGAACUGAUCCAUUUCAGGUUGAGGUUACUUGAAGAGGCUCAGCUUCAGGACUUGGAAAAAGCCUUGGUUUUGGCUAAUUCAGAAGCUUCCCUUUGGCAUAAGGAUAAGGAGCUGCCCUGUGUACAGGGUCACCUUGUUUCAGCUGACCUCUCCUCUAGGGUGACUGCUGUCUGUGGUGUGGUGCUGCCGGGGCAGCCAUCAGCCCCCGGAGAGCAGGCUAGUAAUAGGUAUUCUUCACGUGAACAGGAACUGGCCUUUCAAUCUUAUGUUUUGGUUGAGUCAGUCUGCAAAAAUCUUCAGACACUGGCUAUGGCAGUGGCUUCUCAGAAUGCAGUGUUAUUGGAAGGACCUAUAGGAUGUGGCAAAACUUCCUUAGUUGAACAUCUGGCUGCAAUGACAGGUAGAAGAAAGCCCCCUCAUCUUCUCAAAGUCCAACUUGGAGAUCAGACUGACAGUAAGAUGCUUCUGGGGAUGUAUCGCUGUACAGAUGUGCCAGGAGAGUUUGUGUGGCAGCCUGGCACCCUGACUCAGGCAGCCACAAAGGGCCACUGGAUCCUUCUGGAGGACAUUGACUAUGCUCCCUUAGAUGUGGUUUCUGUUCUGAUUCCUCUUUUGGAGAAUGGAGAGCUCUUAAUUCCUGGUCGAGGUGACAGCCUGAAAGUAUCUCCUGGAUUUCAAUUCUUUGCAACCAGACGGCUCUUGAGUUGUGGAGGGAAUUGGUAUCGACCAUUAAAUAGUUAUGCCAGUCUGCUCGACAAAUACUGGACCAAAAUUCACCUGGAUAACAUGGAUAAGACCGAACUGAAUGAGGUUCUUCAGAGCAGAUACCCAAGCUUACAGACAGCAACGAAUCACCUACUUGACAUCUAUAUCCAGCUUACUGGCGAGAAACAUCAUUCUCAUAUUGAUUACUCUGUUGGAUGUGAACAUACACCUGAGAAUGUUCUGGAAGCCAAAAGAGAAAACAAAGGACUAAAUCUUGAGGGAAGAGAAUUGUCUCUAAGGGAUCUACUGAAUUGGUGUAAUAGGAUUGCCCAUAGCUUUGACAGUCUGUCUUCAUCAGCAUCAUUAAUUAUUUUUCAAGAGGCUCUGGACUGUUUCACAGCAAUGCUUUCUAAACACACAAGCAAACUGAAAAUGGCAGAAGUGAUAGGAAGCAAAUUGAACAUUUCUAAGAAAAAGGCUGAAUUCUUCUGUCAACUUUAUAAACCAGAAAUUGUGAUCAACGAGCUAGAUGUAGAAGUGGGUCGAGUGCAUCUUCUACGGAAACAAAGCGAGGCUGUUCUUUUACAGAGGGAGAAACUCACUUUUGCUGCUACUAGGCCAUCAUCAGUUCUCAUUGAACAACUUGCAGUGUGUGUCAGCAAAGGGGAGCCUGUGUUGCUGGUGGGAGAGACUGGGACUGGCAAGACAUCUACUGUGCAGUACUUGGCGCAUAUUACUGGUCACCGUUUGAAGGUUAUCAACAUGAAUCAGCAAAGUGACACUGCAGAUUUGCUUGGAGGUUACAAACCAGUGGACCACAAGCUUAUUUGGUUACCUCUGCGGGAAGGAUUUGAGGAGCUCUUUGCCCAGACAUUUUCCAAGAAGCAAAACUUUACCUUCCUUGGACACAUUCAGACCUGUUUUAGGCAGAAACGGUGGCAUGACCUCCUUAAACUAAUGCAACAUGUAUACAAGUCAGCUGUCAACAAGAAUGGAAAAGAGAGUGACACUGGACCCCUCUUAAAAGAGAAAUGGGAAGCAUUUGGUUUUAGACUCAGUCAUGCCCAACAACAGAUGAAGAUGACUGAAAAUGCCCUAUUGUUUGCAUUUGUGGAGGGUACAUUAGCUCAGGCUGUAAAGAAAGGAGAAUGGAUCUUGUUGGAUGAGAUUAAUCUGGCUGCUCCUGAAACAUUAGAAUGCCUGAGUGGUUUACUUGAAGGAUCUUCUGGGUCGUUGAUUUUGCUGGAUCGAGGAGACACAGAACCAUUGGUUCGACAUCCUGAUUUUCGUUUGUUUGCCUGCAUGAAUCCAGCAACUGAUGUGGGCAAGAGAAAUCUCCCACCAGGAAUAAGAAACAGGUUCACAGAGUUGUACGUAGAAGAAUUGGAAAGUAAGGAAGACUUACAAAUUCUUAUUGUGGAUUAUCUGAAAGGAUUGAGUGUGAGCAAGAACACAGUUCAAGGAAUCAUAAACUUCUAUACAACUGUACGGAAAGAAUGCGGGGCAAAAUUGGUGGAUGGGACUGGCCACAAACCUCACUACAGCCUUCGGACUCUCUGCAGGGCACUCCGAUUUGCUGCUUCCAAUCCUUGUGGCAGCGUUCAGCGUUCACUCUAUGAGGGGUUCUCUCUGGGUUUUUUAACACAGCUUGACAGAACAUCACACCCUAUUGUUCAGAAGCUCAUUUGUCAACACAUUAUCUCUGGCAAUGUUAAAAGUCUUCUGAAGCAGGCUAUUCCAGAACCAAAAGGAGGUCGACUUAUCCAGGUUGAGGGCUAUUGGAUUUCAGUGGGUGACAAAGAACCCACAAUAGAUGAGACAUAUAUUCUUACAUCUUCUGUCAAGCUGAACCUGAGAGAUAUAGUCCGAGUGGUCUCUGCAGGAACCUAUCCAGUACUGAUCCAGGGUGAGACAUCCGUUGGUAAAACAAGCCUGAUUCGCUGGCUGGCUUCAGCUACUGGUAACCACUGUGUGCGCAUCAAUAAUCAUGAGCACACAGACAUCCAGGAGUACAUUGGUUGCUACACAUCUGACUCCUCAGGGAAGCUCUCAUUUAAAGAAGGUAUUCUAAUUGAUGCUAUGAGAAAGGGCUACUGGAUAAUUUUAGAUGAAUUAAAUUUGGCUCCUACUGAUGUAUUAGAGGCACUGAACAGACUAUUGGAUGAUAACCGGGAAUUGCUCAUAACGGAAACACAAGAAGUUGUUAAAGCACACCCCCGGUUCAUGCUUUUUGCUACCCAGAAUCCUCCAGGGCUUUAUGGAGGUAGAAAGGUUCUUUCAAGAGCCUUCAGGAAUCGGUUUGUGGAAUUGCACUUUGAUGAAUUACCAAGUUCUGAGUUGGAAACAAUUCUUCACAAGCGGUGUAGUUUACCUCCCUCCUAUUGCAGCAAGCUGAUUAAAAUCAUGCUGGAUCUUCAGUCCUAUCGCAGAAGUUCUUCAGUCUUUGCUGGAAAGCAGGGCUUCAUUACCCUUCGUGACCUGUUUCGAUGGGCUGAAAGAUACAAGAUGGCUGAACAGACUGAGAAAGAGUAUGAUUGGCUACAGCAUUUAGCCAAUGAUGGUUUUAUGCUUCUGGCAGGCAGAGUCAGGAAGCAAGAUGAAGUUGAUGUAAUUCAAGAUGUCCUUGAAAAACAUUUUAAGAGAAAACUGUGCCCCCAAUCCCUCUUCUCUAAAGAAAAUGUCCUAAAAUUGCUAAGUAAAUUAUCUACUCAAAUAUCCACAUUGGAUUCCAAGUUCAGCCAUAUCGUGUGGACCCAGGGCAUGCGGAGACUGGCUAUGCUGGUGGGAAGGGCAUUGGAAUUUGGUGAACCAGUGCUACUGGUUGGAGACACUGGGUGUGGGAAAACUACCAUAUGCCAGGUGUUUGCUGCCCUAGCAAAUCAGAAGUUGUACUCUGUGAAUUGCCACUUACAUAUGGAAACAUCAGACUUCCUGGGGGGGCUGCGGCCAGUGAGACAGAAGCCAAAAGACAAGGAGGAAAUUGACACAUCAAGACUCUUUGAAUGGCAUGAUGGACCUCUGGUUCUGGCUAUGAAGGAGGAUGGCUUUUUCCUCUUAGAUGAGAUCUCCCUGGCUGAUGACUCCGUCCUUGAAAGACUCAACAGUGUCCUUGAAGUGGAAAAAUCCCUGGUAUUAGCUGAAAAGGGCAGCCUAAAUGACAAGGAUAAUGAAGUAGAACUGUUGACUGCUGGGAAAAAAUUCCGCAUCUUGGCAACCAUGAACCCUGGGGGUGACUUUGGAAAAAAAGAGCUGUCUCCUGCCUUAAGAAACCGGUUUACAGAAAUAUGGUGCCCUCAGAGCACAAGUCGUGAAGAUUUAAUUCAGAUCAUCACUCGUAAUCUUCGACCAGGAUUGUCCUUGAGCAGAACAGAUUAUAAAGGGGCUGAUAUAGCUGAAGUCAUGCUGGAUUUUAUCAACUGGUUGACCCACCAGGAGUUUGGCCGGAGGUGUGUGGUCAGUAUCCGUGAUAUCCUGUCCUGGGUUAACUUCAUGAACACAAUGGGAGAGGAGGCUGCUUUUAAAAGGCCAGAGAUAGCCAUCUCUACUGUGACGUCUUUCGUCCAUGCUGCAUGCCUAGUCUACAUAGAUGGAAUAGGUUCAGGGGUAACUUCCUCUGGGUUUGGUACUGCACUUUUGGCUCGAAAAGAAUGUCUGAAAUUCCUAACCAAGAAGCUCUCCAAGACAGUCAGACUUACAGAAUGUCAGAAAAAUGAAUUGAAGAUUUAUGACAAACUGAAGGCCAAAGAAUUUACUGGGAUAGAUAACCUUUGGGGAAUUCAUCCAUUUUUCAUUCCAAGGGGGCCUGUGUUGCAUAGGAAUAAUAUUGCCGACUACGCACUCAGUGCAGGCACUACAGCUAUGAAUGCCCAGAGACUUUUAAGAGCCACAAAACUGAGCAAACCCAUCCUCCUGGAAGGCUCCCCCGGUGUGGGCAAGACAAGUUUAGUAAGUGCACUAGCAAAGGCUUCAGGCAACACCCUUGUUCGAAUCAACUUGUCAGAACAGACGGAUAUCACAGACUUGUUUGGAGCAGAUCUACCUGUUGAAGGGGGCAAGGGAGGAGAGUUUGCCUGGCGUGAUGGCCCCUUGCUGGCAGCUCUGAAGGCAGGCCAUUGGGUUGUACUGGAUGAGCUUAACCUGGCUUCUCAAUCAGUAUUGGAAGGACUCAAUGCUUGUUUUGAUCACCGAGGAGAAAUCUAUAUCCCUGAAUUAGGAAUGAGUUUUCAAGUACAGCAUGAAAAAACAAAGAUUUUUGGAUGUCAGAAUCCUUUUAGACAAGGAGGUGGGAGGAAGGGCUUGCCCAGGUCUUUCCUUAACAGAUUCACCCAGGUCUUUGUGGAUCCCCUAACAGUAAUUGAUAUGGAGUUUAUUGCUGGUACUUUGUUUCCAGCUAUUGACAAAAAUAUUGUAAAGAAAAUGGUUGCUUUCAAUAAUCAGAUUGAUCAUGAAGUGACUGUUGAAAAGAAAUGGGGGCAAAAAGGAGGACCAUGGGAAUUCAAUCUACGGGAUCUUUUCCGCUGGUGUCAGUUGAUGCUGGUUGACCAGUCCCCUGGGUGUUAUGACCCUGGUCAGCAUGUGUUCUUGGUUUAUGGUGAAAGAAUGAGAACCAGAGAAGAUAAAGAAAAGGUCAUUGCUGUAUUCAAAGAUGUGUUUGGUUCAAAUUCUGAGCCAUACCUGGGAACCCGACUAUUUCACAUUUCCCCCUAUGAUGUCCAGGUGGGCUAUUCAAUCCUUUCCCGUGCCAGCUACAUUCCUCCGCCAUCUCGUCGCCCCCUGUUGCUUCUGCACCAGUCACUACAGUCCCUGGAGCCACUAAUGAAAUGUGUACAGAUGAGCUGGAUGGUUAUCCUUGUGGGUGCAGCUUCUGUGGGCAAGACCAGUUUGGUCCAGCUCCUGGCACAUCUUACUGGCCACACAUUAAAGAUCAUGGCUAUGAACAGUGCAAUGGACACUACAGAGCUUUUGGGUGGAUUUGAGCAGGUUGAUCUUCUCCGACCUUGGAGGCAGCUACUAGAGAAGGUGCAGGUCACUGUCAGGGCACUGUUAAGGGACAGCCUACUUGUUAGUGCUGAUGAUGCAGAAGUAGUACUGCGAGCAUGGAGUCAUUUCCUCCUGACAUACAAGCCCAUGUGUCUUGGUGAAGGCGGUAAAGGUGUCACCAUGGAGAUUGUCAAUAAGCUAGAAGCUGUAUUACUACUUAUGCAACGUCUCAAUAACAAAAUCAACUCAUACUCAAAAGCAGAGUUUGGUAAACUCGUGGAAGAAUUCCGAAGCUUUGGGGUGAAGCUUACACAGUCAGCCUCUGGCCGUAGUCAUGGCACAUUUGAAUGGGUUGACAGCAUGUUGGUUCGUGCCCUAAAAUCUGGAGAUUGGCUUCUGAUGGACAAUGUUAACUUCUGCAACCCUUCAGUGCUGGAUCGUUUGAAUGCUUUACUUGAACCUGGAGGUGUUCUCACUCUUAGUGAGAGAGGAAUGAUAGAUGAAGCCACUCCCACCAUAACACCAAAUCCCAAUUUCAGACUUUUUCUCUCAAUGGAUCCUGUUCAUGGAGAAAUAUCACGUGCAAUGAGAAAUCGUGGGCUUGAAAUCUACAUUUCAGGCGAGGAAGAUGGCAACAUCCUAGAUGAUCUGGAUUUGAAAGUUCUGUUACACAGUAUGGGAUUGGUAGGGGACAGUGUGUGUGAUGCCCUUUUAGCUCUACACAAAGAGACCCAAAAUACUCUUGUAGGUUAUCCAACAUCUUCUCUUUCAACUUUAAUUCAGACAGCUAUCCUCAUUGUUCAGUACCUACAGCGAGGGCUGAGUUUAGAUAGAGCCUUUUUUGAAGCCUGCUGGGAAGCAUAUAUUCGGUCUCAACAUUCACCAGCAAAACGGAAGCUUGUGCAGGUUAUACUAGAGAAACAUACUUCUUCUCUACAAGCACUUGAAACCUGGGGCAGUUCGAUUCUUGCCAUGGGGCUGUGGCCAGAUUCUCUGCCUUCUGCUGUCUUUGCCACGGAAGAUUCUCACCUCUCAGUAGUGCGUAGUGAUGGCCAGAUCUUAGCAUAUUGCCUCAACAGGAUGAGCAUGAAAACAAGCAGCUGGGCAAGGAUUCAGCCCCUUACUCUGACAGACUUAGAGAAAAUUAUGCAAUCUUCCAACUCUGAGAGCCUGAAAUUCAGUUCAGUUGAAGUGGAUACUUACUGGAUUGAUGAACCAGAUGUCCUGGCUGUGGCUGUUAGAUUGCUCAUAGAAAGAGCAACCAAUCAAGAUUGGAUGCUAAGGGUUAAAUGGCUUUAUCAUUUAGCCAAGAAUAUACCACAGGGGCUUGAGUCCAUACAGAUUCAUUUGGAAGCUAGUGCUACUGCUCUUAGGAAUUUUUACUCAAAUUCUCUCUCAACUGCGGUCAGUAAUGUCAUUAAGAUAGUACACCCAAAUAUAACAGAUGAAUUUGUGAUAGCUCUUGACCCCCGGUGGAAUAUGCAGACUUUGGACAUAAUUAGAAAUUCAAUGGACUUUGACCCACAAACAGACCAGUCAGAACAAUUCUUUGCCCUUUUAGAGUCUGUUGCAAACAAGUCAAUUAUAUAUCUUGAUCGGGAAAAGCGUAUUUUUACUGAAGCAAAUAUGGUGUCUGUUGUUGCCAAAAAGUCAAGAAAUAGUGUUUUAAGAAUGUCCUUUGAAUUCCAUAAAGAUCCGGAGAGCUACCAUAGCCUGCCCCACGAAAUUGUGGUCAAUCUUGCUGCUUUUUUUGAACUUUGUGAUGCACUAAUCCUGCUCUGGUUACAGUCAUCCCAGAGCAUGGUAUCUGAUAACACUGUCAAUAAGAUCUUUGGUUCUCUUCGGUGGCGUGACCGGUUUUGGAUUGUGGCUGACAUGGUGAAAGUGGAUGCCCCAGGCCUAGCCCUGCUUGCACUUCACUGGCACUGGGUUUUAAAACAUUUGAUCCAUCAGAUACCCCAGCUCCUGGUGAACCAUGAAGACAAAUAUUAUAAAGAGAUUCAGACUGUCUCAGAUCAUAUUCAGAGUUGCUUGGGCAGUCCAACUGGUGACUUUUCUGGCAUCAAGAAGUUACAGAAGUUCUUGGGACGGCCAUUUCCUUUUAAGGACAAGAUGGUGGUGGAUUGUUUUUCACAACUGAAAGCACUUGCCAAAGGCCUUGCCAUCAGGGAGCCAAUCCCUGCCUUUGGGGAGAGUGGAUGCCAGGAAGACAUGAAUCGUCUUCAGACAGUUGCUUCUGAAUGGGCCUUAAAGAAAAGUCUCCUACAGGCUUGGGGAUUGGUACUCAAGGCUAAUAUUCUGGAAGAUGUCAACCCAGAUGAAUUGAAGAAUCUUGUGAAUGCUCAGUGCAUAAAAUUGAAAGCCAAAGGAAUUUCACAUGGUUUUCUGGAGAAAAAAUCCCAUGAAGCUUCCUGCCUGCCCCAGCCAGACCGUACCUCUUUAAUCCAGCUCAGCAGGAUUAUUCAGAUUUGGCCUGCAAUGGAAUAUCUGGCUAUGCUUUGGCAGUACAAAAUGACAGCUGAGUUUAUGAUGCAGGUUUGUCUACGAAGAUGCAGUAAAAAUAAAGAACCUCAGUUAACAGAAGAGAUAAGUCAUCACAUCACAUUUUGUCUUAAGUACACACCAGUUGCUCCUCAGGAACUACGAGAACUUUGGUCCUUACUACAUCACGUGAGGGUAUCUACUGAGGAAAUGAUCUCUUUGUGGUCAGAACUAUUUAUUUCCACGUUUAUGUCUUUCUGGAAUAGUACUGUGACAACAAAUCCAGAUUACUGGCUAACAUGGAGUUCUGUGCCAGGUGCACAGCAGAGGGAGAUGCACAAGUCACUCUUCGAUUCCACUUUGAAGGGCCCCGGCAGCCUGAGUAGAGCCAUGUUUUCCAAGUGCUGCUUUGAAGCCUUGACCAGCAGUAGCAGAGCAAGUCCCUGGGAUGUCAGUGGCCUUCCCAUUGUAUCGUCCUCUCAUGUCACUUUGGGAGAGUGGGUUGAGCGUGCCCAGCAGCUCCGUAAUAUCAGCUCGAUGCUUUGGACCAACAUGACUGUUCCUUCAGUAGCUGAGUUCAGGCGUACAGAUUCUCAGCUGCAGGGACUGGUGCUGUGCCGGCACCUGGUGGGCCUGGCAGAGCUGCUUCCCGAGCCCCGGCAGCAGGAAUACCUGCAGAGCUGUGAGCAGCUGCUGCGUGGGAACAGUUGUGCCUUCCAGCAUGUAGGCCAGACUCUCUCAGACAUGGCAGGGCAGGAGGCUCUGCCCAAAGAACUGUUGUGCCUCUUGCUCACAUCCCUGCGCCACUUGUUUGGAGAAGGGGAGGGCAAGCAAGACCUGCCUGAGCUAGCCCGCCGCGGGAGCCUCUGGGUAAGCCUUGGCUUGCUCCAGAUUCAAACAUGGAUUCCCCAAGCACGCUUUGACCCUGCUGUGAAGAGGGAAUACAAACUCAAGUAUGCCAAAGAAGAGCUAUACCAGCUGCAGUGUGAGUGGAAGACCCGGAACCUCUCAUCUCAGUUACAGACUGGAAGAGACCUCAAAGAUGAAGGCAUUAACAAGUAUUCUCAUCCUCACGUCAGGUCACUUCACCAAAGAAUUGAUCACCUGGAGAAUGUGGUUUGCACCCUGUCAAAGAAGCAGGCCUUCAGACCCCAGCAGCCCACAUAUGAAUCCCUGGUGCAGGAAAUCCAUCAGUAUGUCACCAGCAUUGCCAAGGCCCCUGCUGUUCAGGAUCUGCUCACACGGCUCCUGCAGGCCCUGCACAUAGAUGGGCCUCGUUCUGCCCAGGCGGCCCAGAACCUUCUGAAGGAGGAGGCCUCUUGGCAACAGUCACACCAUCAGUUCAGAAAGCGGCUCACUGAGGAGUACGCCCUGUAUCCAGACUCUGUGGCUCCCUUGCAGGCAUCCAUCUUGCAGUUGCAGCAUGGCAUGAGGCUGGUGGCAUCAGAGGUCCAUGCCUCUCUCCAUGGUAGCAUGGUUUGUGCGGAGAGGCUGGGUGGCCUGACUGCAUCGCUUUUGGCUUUCCCAUCAGUAGGACCCACCUUCCCCACCUACUAUGCUCAUGCAGACACUUUGUGUUCGGAGACAUCAGAGGAGGUUAUGAGAGGCCUUAGGAUGUUGGUCCUCAAGCGUUCAGGGGGAAAGGAACCAGAAGGCAAAUACAUAGGCCUCUGCCCUACCCGAGAGCAGCUACUGCUGAACGCCCUCCUGUACCUGCGCUCUCAUGUGCUAUGCAAGGGUGAGCUGGACCAGCGGGCCCUGCAGCUCUUCAGACAUGUGUGUCAGGAAAUCAUCAAUGAAUGGGAUGAACAAGAACGCAUAGCCCAAGAGAAAGCAGAGCAGGAGAGCAGCUUAUACAAGUACAGGAGCAGGAACUCCAGGAGAGUCUUGAGUGAAGAGGAGGAGGAAGAGUGGGAGUUUAGAAAACAGUUCCCACUGCAUGAAAAGGACUUUGCAGAUAUUUUGGUAGAACCAGCGCUAGAAGAGAAAAAGGGAGUUUUGGAUGGGAAAGAAGAGGAAGCAGCCACAGACCUCGCUCUCCUCUCCCAGAGCUCCAUGCAGGCUGUAAUGCUGGUUCAUCAGCAGCUGUGUCUCAGCUUUGCUCGGUCUCUCUGGUACCAGCAGACGCUGCCAUCACACGAGGCAAAGCAUUACCUUAGCCUGUUUCUGUCCUGCUACCAGACAGGAGCAUCUCUUGUGACACACUUCUAUCCCCUGAUGGGAGUUGAAUUGAAUAACCAGCUCUUGGGCAGCCAGCUUUUGGCCUGCACCCUCUCUCAUAACACUCUUUUUGGGGAAGUGAACUCAUUCCUGGUAAUGAAACCUGAUGGACCUUAUGACUUCUACCAGCACCCCAAUGUGUCAGAAGCACUCCAAUGUCAGCCUGUGCUUCAAGGUUUUUCAGAGGCUGUCCGUCAGCUGCUACAGGAAUGGCCAGAACACCCAGCGCUUGAGCAACUGUUGGUUGUAAUGGACAGGAUUCAAAGUUUCCCACUGUCAAGUCCCAUUUCAAAGUUUCUGAAUGGCUUAGAGAUCCUUCUGGCAAAGGCACAGGAUUGGGAGGAGAAUGCUAGUCGAUCCCUGUCUCUGAGGAAACAUCUUGAUUUGGUCACUCAAUUGAUUAUUCGAUGGCGGAAACUGGAACUCAACUGCUGGUCUAUGAGUUUGGAUAAUACUAUGAAACGUCACACUGAGAAGUCCACCAAGCACUGGUUCUCCAUCUAUCAGAUGCUUGAGAAGCACAUGCAAGAACAAACAGAAGAGCAGGAAGAUGACAAGCAGAUGACCCUGAUGCUGCUGGUCAGCACAUUACAAGCAUUUAUUGAAGGAUCUUCACUGGGAGAAUUUCAUAUCCGACUCCAGAUGUUAUUGGUUUUCCAUUGUCAUGUCUUGCUCAUGCCACAAGUUGAAGGAAAGGAUUCACUUUGCAGUGUACUGUGGAAUUUGUACCAUUACUACAAGCAAUUCUUUGACCGGGUCCAGGCCAAAAUUGUGGAACUUCGUUCCCCUUUAGAAAAAGAGCUUAAAGAAUUUGUUAAGAUAUCUAAGUGGAAUGAUGUCAGCUUCUGGUCCAUCAAACAGUCUGUGGAAAAGACACACAGAACACUUUUUAAAUUCAUGAAGAAAUUUGAAACUGUCCUGAGCGAGCCCUGCCGGUCAUGUCUGGUGGAAAGUGACAAGGAGGAGCAGCUUGACAUUUUGCCAGGACCAACAGAGGCAGCUGUGAAUGAGGUGUCCCCCAUUCAGAGUCUGAACAGGGCUCUGAAGGAGACCCUCUUGGCCAGGCCAGCAGUUGCACAGAUUGUGCUUCCAGAACAAUCAGGGCAGGGUGUACUUCCUCCCAUGGAGGGGGAGCUUCUGCAUCGUAUGCCACAGCUCAUGAAACGAAUGAAGAAACUAUGCCUGACGCUCAUGAAGGAAAGUUGUCUGCCUCAUCUGGUGGAGGACCUGGAUCAAUUCACUGGUGAAGUGAUUUCCUCUGUGACUGAGCUGCAAAGCCUAGAGGUUGACCCUUCUGCAGAGAAGGAGAAGCAGCGUUCAGAAGCCAAGCAUAUUCUCAUGCAGAAGCAGCGAGCCUUAUCAGACCUCUUCAAACACCUUGCAAAAACUGGUUUGUCUUAUCGCAAAGGUCUUACGUGGACCCGUUCAAAAAACCCUCAAGAAAUGCUUCAUCUCCAUCCAUUAGACCUCCGGAGUGCAUUGUCUAUCAUCAGCAGCACUCAGGAGGCUGAUUCUAGGCUGCUUACCAAAAUCUCUUCUUCUUGGGAUGGGUGCCAGAAGUAUUUUUAUCGCUCUCUGGCACGGCAUGCCAGGCUUAGUGCGGCUUUAGCAGCUCCUGCCAAGGAGAUGGGCUUAAGCAACAUUGAAAGGUGUAAAGGAUUCUCAGCACAUUUAAUGAAGGUGCUCAUCCAACAGCGGCGGUCUCUGACCACACUGACCGAGCAGUGGAUCCUCCUCAGGAAUCUCCUCAGCUGUGUUCAAGAGAUUCAUGACAGGUUGGCAGGGCCACCUGUCUACCCUGUGGCUUUCCCCCCUCAGGGUGGGGUGCAGCAGUGGACAGAGAGGCUGCAGCACCUAGCCAUGCAGAGCCAGAUCUUACUUGAGCAGCUGUCUUGGCUUCUCCAGUGCUGUCCCAGUGCAGGCCCAGCUGCAAGCCAAGGUGACACCCAGGCACAGGGUCAGCCUUCUGCCCCCUUCCUGGAAGGAUUGGACUUUGCUACUGAAAGGCUUUCUGGAGCAUUACCAGAGCUCAUCCUACCUGAUCUGAACUAUCCAUCCCCGGUACCUGAGAGUCAACUGCCCCUUGGUUGUCGGAUGCGGAAGCAGGACCAGCUUUGGCAACAGUCAACUGCAAGAUUAACAGAGAUGCUAAAAGCCAUUAAAACAAUGAAAGCUGAUAUUGACCGAAUUAGGCAGCAGUCUUGUGAGACUCUAUUUCAUUCCUGGAAAGAUUUUGAAGUUUGUUCUUCUGGACUGAGUUGCCUUUCCCAGGUGUCUGCUCAUUUGCAAGGCCUCAAGUCCUUGUUCAUUCUCCCAGGGAUGGAAGUUGAGCAAAUAGGCCCACAAAUGGCAUUAGUUGAGAGCCUGGAAUAUGUAAUAAAAGAAAUCAGCAAAGCUACAGAUGAUUUUAUGACCUGGAAGACUCAUCUACUUGCUUCAGGCAUUCAGCAAGGAAACCAAAUGUUGGAUGAAGUGUCAGUUGAGGAUUUUUCAGAGCAAAUGGAAACUGCCAUCCGGUCCAUCCUCUGUGCAAUCCAGAAUUUAACAGAAAGAAAUAGUAAAAAAGCAGAUGCAGGCAUGGAUCAAGCAAGACCACAAGAGAAGGAGGAUGGUAUGUCUGAAAUUGGGCAAAAAGUAGUUCAUAGCUGGGUUUUUUUUUGUUUUUUUUUUUUGAUGUUUUACUUAGGUGAGUAG